AUGGCCACCUCCAGCUUGGAUAAGUUUCUGCUGUUGCUGUGGAAGAACUGGAUUAUUCAGAAGCGCCACUACGUGCAGACAGCGUUCGAGAUCUUAAUUCCGGCCAUCGCGUGUGCCGUGCUGAUCGUAGUCCGCGGUCUCGUAGAUGCGGACAUUUACGACGAGCCAACCCAAUGGAAUCCACUUGAAAUGAACACCGUGCGGCAUAUGAUGCCAGCAGCCAACCCCGAUAUCACGCCACCGAUAACGUUCGUGCUGGCGUACAGUCCACAAUCGCCGUUGACGGAACGCAUCAUGAACCGAGCGGUUGAGCAAAUCCUUGAACCGCUCGAUCUGGUCGGGUUCGAGACGGGUCAGCGGAUGGAGGAUUUCUUCCGCCUGAACUACUCGCUGGCGGGCGUCGAGUUCCCCGACAGCUACCGCACGGCCACCACUUUACCGGACAACGUGACCGUUUCGUUGCGGUUCCCGGGCGAGAUGCGCACCCUGCAGGAUGACUUCACGGCGUUCUGGGCAAACUGGGCAACGGAACUGAUGUUUCCGGCAUUCCAGAUUGCCGGUGCCCGUGAGCGCGAGCGGGACGAUGGUGGCUAUCCGGCGAACUACUACAACGAGUCCUUCAUCGCCGUCCAAAGCGCCGUAUCGCGGGCCAUCAUUCUCGAGCGCGAUCCCACCAUCCAGCUGCCGGACAUUUAUUUGAAUCGCUUCCCGUAUCCCCCGUACUACAGCGAUCCGCUGCUGACGGGCUUCGAAAAUCUGCUUCCGCUGAUCAUAGUAAUCGCGUUUUUCUACACCGCCAUCAACACGGUCAAGUACAUCACGGUGGAGAAGGAAAAACAGUUGAAGGAGGCAAUGAAGAUCAUGGGACUGCCGAGCUGGCUGCACUGGUCGGCGUGGUUCGUCAAGUGUCUGGUGCUGCUGAUCGUAUCGAUCUCGCUGAUCGUGGUACUACUGUGCGUGACACUCACUACCAACACCGAUCUGGCGAUCUUCGAGUACGCCCAGUGGACGGUGGUGUGGUUCUAUCUGUUCGUGUUCAGCAUCACCACGAUCUGCUUCUGCUUUAUGGUGAGCACGUUCUUCUCCAAGGCCAACAUUGCGGCCGGUAUCGCCGGUUUGCUGUGGUUCAUUUUGAUCGUGCCGUACAACAUCGCGUUCUCGAACUACGACGAUAUGGCGGUGGGGGCCAAACUGGCGCUCUGCCUGUUCUCGAACUCCGCGAUGUCGUUCGGUUUCAUGCUGAUGAUGCGCCACGAGGGCACGGCGACCGGGCUGCGGUGGUCCAACCUGUUCGACCCGGUGUCCGUCGAUGACGACUUUUCCGUCGGGCACACGAUGGUAAUGCUGCUGGUGGACGCCCUCAUCUAUCUGGUGAUCGCACUGUAUGUGGAGAAGGUGUUCCCCGGUGACUUCGGAAUCGCCGAGCCGUGGUACUUCCCGGUGACGAAACAGUUCUGGUGCAAGGACUCCCAGCAGUCGCUCGACGUUCCCAAGGAAGGCAUCGAUCACAGCGAGGAGACACCGAACGUGGAGCGCGAACCGGACAACAAGCACGCGGGUAUCCAAAUCCGGAAGCUGCGGAAACAGUUUACGAAGAAAAAGGUGGCCGUCCAGGGACUGGAUCUUAACAUGUACGAAGACCAGAUCACGGUACUGCUCGGCCACAACGGAGCAGGUAAAACGACAACGAUGUCGAUGCUAACCGGCAUGUUUUCACCCUCGUCCGGUACGGCUUUGGUCAAUGGGUUCGAUAUCCGCAACAACAUUGACGCGGUGCGAGGAUCGCUUGGGCUGUGUCCGCAGCACAACGUACUGUUCAACGAGAUGACUGUGGCGGAGCAUAUCGAGUUUUUCGCUCGCCUAAAGGGUGUGCCACGGUCGAAGAUCAAGGACGAGAUUCGCCACUACGUCCAGCUGCUGGAGCUGGAGGACAAGCUCAACAAACAGUCGCAAACGCUGUCCGGUGGCAUGAAGCGGAAGCUCUCGGUCGGCAUCGCUCUGUGCGGUGGGUCGAAGGUGGUACUCUGUGACGAACCCACUUCCGGUAUGGACCCGUCGGCCCGGCGCGCCCUGUGGGAUUUGCUGAUCAAAGAGAAGCAAGGCCGUACGAUCCUGCUGUCGACGCAUUUCAUGGACGAGGCGGACAUCCUGGGGGACCGGAUUGCGAUCAUGGCCGAGGGUGAACUGAAAGCGGCCGGUUCUUCGUUCUUCCUGAAGAAGCGAUUCGGGGUGGGCUAUCGGCUGAUCUGCGUGAAGGGCGCCAACUGUGACCGGGGCCGCCUUACCGGUAUGCUGCGGAAGCACAUCCCCAACAUCGACAUCGACACCGACAUCGGCUCGGAGUUGUCGUACGUGCUGAACGAGAACUAUACGGCCGUGUUUCAGGACCUGCUGCGCGACUUAGAGGACAAUGUGGAACAGUGCGGGCUGACCAGCUACGGCAUUUCGCUGACCACGAUGGAGGAAGUGUUUCUGCGUGUCGGUAGUGACUCGUACGCGUUGGACCAAAAGUCGGGAACCGUGAUCGAUACGGAAGUGAGCCACGGUAAUGGGCUGAGCGGUGCGUCGACGGUGACAGUAAACGGGUCCAGCGACACCCAGCCACUGUUGGACGGUUCCAGUCUCGCGUGGAAUCAACUGUUUGCGAUGUUCCUGAAGAAGUAUAUCUCGAGCAAGCGCAGCUGGGUGCAGAUGCUGGUGCAGGCGUUGAUUCCGAUCUAUUUCGUGAUCGUCACCGUCGUGAUUGUGCGUACGUUCCCCGGGCAGACCGAUUUACCACCGAUACCGAUCAACGUGUACAACUAUUCUGCGACGAACACCAUUCUGCAGGACUCGGGACCAUCGGCCGCGUUCAUCGACGGCUAUCGGGCGAUAUUUGAGUCGCUUCCCGGCACCCAUCAGUUGGAAGUGAUCAACGGGGACAUUGUGCAGCACAUCUUGGAGUUGUCAACCGAGAAUAUUGGUCUCGUGAAUCGCCAGUAUAUGGCGGCGGCCUCGAUAACGAGCACAAACCAUACGGUUUGGUGGAAUCCGACCAGUUACCAUACGGCUCCCCUGGCCGUAAACUUUAUGUACAAUGCGAUCAUCAAAUCGAUCAGCAAAGCGUACGAGAUCACCUUGAUCAACAAGCCACUGCCGUUCAAGGCAGAAACCAGGUUUACCCAGCUACAGGCGGGCAACAACCUUGGGUUCCAGAUUUCCUUCAAUACCGGCUUCGCGAUGUCGUUCAUCGCCGCGCUCUACAUCAUGUUCUACAUCAAGGAGCGCACGAGCCGCGCCAAGCUGCUGCAGUUCGUAAGUGGCAUCAACGUGUUCACUUUCUGGAUCGUGUCGUUCCUGUGGGACUUUGUGACGUAUAUCGUGACGGCAUUGAUUUACAUAGCCACGCUGGCCGCGUUCCAGGAGGAGGGCUGGGCCACGUUCGAGGAGCUCGGCCGGGUGUUCCUGGUGCUGCUCGUGUUCGGGAUUGCGUUCUUGCCCGUCACCUACCUGUUCUCGUUCUGGUUCGAAGUUCCCGCCACCGGGUUCGUGAAGAUGAUGAUCGUAAACAUUUUCAGCGGGACGAUCUUCUUCACCGCCGUGUUUCUGCUCAAGUUUGACGCAUUUGACCUGCAGGACGUGGCCAAUGGUCUCGAGUGGGCGUUCAUGAUAUUCCCACUGUUUUCGCUCAGCCAGAGUCUCAGCAAUAUCAACGUGCUGUCGACGACGGAGUCGGUGUGCCGCGAGCAGUGUACCGAUGAGACGGUGGAUCUGUGCUCGCCGGAGUACAUCUGCUCCCUGCUGCCGCAGUGCUGCGACACGAACAUCUUCUCGUGGGAGAACACGGGUAUCAAUCGGCAGCUCAUGUUCAUGGGAGUUGUCGGGCUGUUUACAUUCCUGGUGCUGAUGGGCGUGGAGUUCCACGUUCUCGAACGAAUCUUCAAGCGUCGCCGACGAUCGCCUGGAUCGGCGAGUAUCCAAUCUGGUGACGGCUCUGCGCUCGACGAUGACGUGUGGCAUGAGAAGCAACGCGUGAAAGCGCUGUCCGAGGCCGAGCUGACCAACAGCAACCUGGUGGUGAGCGAUCUGACCAAGUACUACGGCAAGUUUUUGGCCGUCGACCAACUGUGCGUAUCGGUCGAAGGCUCGGAGUGUUUCGGGUUGCUCGGAGUGAACGGAGCCGGCAAGACUUCCACCUUCAAGAUGCUCACCGGCGACGAAAACAUUUCGUCCGGCGAGGCCUGGGUAAAGGGUAUCAGCCUCAAGAGCAACCUCAACCAGGUGCACAAAGUGAUCGGCUACUGUCCGCAGUUCGAUGCCCUACUGGAAGACCUCACCGGACGGGAAACGCUCAGGAUCUACGCGCUGCUCCGGGGUAUCCCGAAGCACGAAAUCGGCUUUGAGACGUUACGCCUGGCGGAGGAGCUUAACUUUAUGAAGCACAUCGACAAGCGCGUAAAGGAGUACAGUGGAGGCAAUAAACGGAAGCUCAGCACGGCCCUGGCGCUGCUGGCGAACCCAGCGGUCGUGUAUCUGGACGAGCCGACGACCGGUAUGGACCCCGGCGCGAAGCGACACCUCUGGAACGUGAUCAUUAACGUCAAGAAGGCGGGCAAAUCGAUUGUCCUGACGUCGCACAGCAUGGAGGAGUGCGAGGCGCUCUGCACCCGGCUGGCCAUCAUGGUGAACGGGGAGUUCCGGUGUCUCGGCUCGACCCAGCACCUGAAGAACAAGUUUUCGAAGGGAUACUUCCUGACGAUCAAGCUAAAACGCACGGACGCAGGGCUACCGGCAAACGGAGAUCUCGUGAAGCAAUUCGUGGCGAGCACCUUCUCACAAGCCCUACUAAAGGAAGAGUACCAUGACUCUAUGACGUACCACAUCACCCAGUCCGAGCUGAAGUGGUCCACAAUGUUUGGACUGAUGGAGGAAGCGAAGAAGACGCUCGACAUCGAGGACUAUGCACUCGGGCAGACUUCGCUCGAGCAGGUGUUCCUGUUCUUCACCAAAUACCAACGAGUCACCGAUGACAGUUAG